AUGCGGGGACCCCCAGCCCCCUCGGGGGCUUCGGACUCGGGCUCUGAAGCCCCCCAAGACCCGCGCAAACAAAAAGGACCGAAGCGCAGGGCCCGCCUGGCCGGAGGGAGCCGGCAGCCCUGCCCCAGCCCUAGGCCUCUGGCGGCCCCUGACAGCGGCGGCCGCCGGGAACACCCCGCCGGCGGCGGCCGCCCCUCACAGGGAAGCGCCAUUUCGCCUCCCGCUCCCCUGCCGGUGCUCAGCGCCUGCCGCCGGGGCCGAGGCAGCAGCUCCGAGUCCUGCGGCACUGCCGCAGAGCGCGGCGGGGGAGGCGCCGGCCUCACCGGGCCGCCCUCCCCCCCCUCUUUUCCUCCUCCCUCAGCCCUCCCGGGGGCGCCCCCGCCGCCAACCCGCCCCGGCCGAGCUCCCCGCCGCGAUGCCCGCCUUACCCUCCGCCGCAGCCGGGCUGGGAGCGCCGGUCGGCCCCCCGCGGAGGAGGAGGAGGAGGAGAAGGAGGAGGAGCGGGGCAAGGGGCGGCGGCCCCGCGGGGGGAGGCACCCCCGGAGGGGCGUCGGGCCCAGCCCCCGCGGGUGCCCGGGCGCGGCGGGCACAAAGGCGGCGGGGCACAGCACCUAA